UCAGCCAAUCAGCGAUGGCUGGGGGUCUGGGGCGGGGCCUGCUCCGAGACUUAUAACCGCAGCGUUCCGCGCGGGAAGGCUAACCGCGUCCGGUGUGUGGAGUUUCGUUGGUCCAGCCGAUAGCCUUUCGCCCGUCUUCAAGCCACCAGUCUUUCUUUUAGUCAAGAUGAGUGAUAAGCCAGACUUAUCUGAAGUGGAGAAGUUUGACAGGUCAAAACUGAAGAAAACCAAUACUGAAGAAAAAAAUACUCUCCCUUCACAGGAAACUAUCCAACAAGAGAAAGAGUGUAUUCAAGCAUCGUAAAAUGGGGAUCUCCUCCCAACAGCAAAUUUCAAUGUUGCUUUAGUGUCUUAGUUUGGGGCUUGUUUUUUUUUUAUAAACCCAUAUGUAGAGAUUUUAGGCAUCUUCUGAUUUCUUCCCACCUGUGUUCCCAGCCAGUGUUCCCUUUUUAAAAUUUUCCAUUGAUAUGUACAUUCCAUCUGGUAGGUGCCGUCAAUCUUACCAUUGAUGACCUUUGUGUAGUCCUUGCAUCCUCCAAAGUUAAGCCACUUUUAACUUUCUACGGUGGAUGUAUCUGUUGUUCCACAACAUUCAUGAAGUGGCAUGCAUUUGAAACUUCUCAGUUUAUUUUCAUUUCUAAUGUAGUGAUAAAAUAAUAAAUAUAGUCAUUGUUUUGA